GGUGUGUGGUGAGCGACGGAAGAUAUGAGUACAUGUCUCGAUACGAAACACUGGGCCAGGAUGUCAAUUUUGACUAUGAAUGUAUCAUUGACACUUAUCCUGAUAUGAUUAUCACCGUAUCGCUUCAUGUCAGACCUGACCAGCACGUCAGAUCAAAAGCACCCAUCACACGAUUAUUUACCUCUACACGCAAGCGGAAAGAAACCCUGUCAGGGUAUGUUAGCCAGUAUGAUGGUGCAAUUGGUCAAACACGAUUUGCACUAGUUCACAUGCUGCAUGCAUGCUAUCAAAAGCCUUAUGAAGCCAACUUUGAUUGUUUUAAUGCCUGGUAUGAUCGUUCUUCUCGAGAGAAACAGCGCGAGAAAAAAAAUGGACCCGACCAGGACAUUCUAAAGGUAGUCGGGAGUUUGAGUAUCGAGACAUUAUAUUUACCUGUCAUGGAUCCAUUACAACCUGUCCCACUUACUUUAAAAGAAUGUAACAUGGCUCUUCAAGCUUAUCAAUGGGAAGAAAAACAACAGAGUGGCAGAGAUAAUUAAUAAUAGAAAUCAUAAUCAUAUACAUAUACACUUUUUAGAAUACAGGUUACCUAUAGACUCCAACUUGAGAAAAAAAGAAAACAUUCAUAUAAUAAAAUACAUUAGUAGUAAGAGAUUUGCACAUAAUUUUCAUCUCUUCUACUCAUUUCAUAAGCAUCAC